AUGCGUCUGCGGGGGCGAGAGAAAGUGGAAAGCGGCGGCGACGACGUCGGCAAAUGGGAAUGGCAGAAGAAGGAGAACGGCGGAUCCAAGCGAGGAGGAGGCCAAUGUGAACGGCCGUCAAACCCAACUUUGCCAAUGACGACGAGCAAAAGAAGCCGUACCGACAUGUCAGUUGAACUAUACUCCAAUGAAAUGGAAUGA